CUAGAGGUACAGGUAAAAAAUCUCAACCAUGGCCAUCAAACCACUGUCCUUCAAAGGCGACUCGAAAAAGGCCAAGAAACGAAAACACCGAAGCGACGAGACCGAGCAAGAUGGCCACCACCACCACCAAACCAGCACAUCCAACCGCGAAACAAAGACCAACACCAACAACCCCUCUGGUUCAACCGACCCCUCCUCAGAUGAUUCAUGGACCACCCCCGACAUACCCAGCGACGUAGCUGGGCCCACCGUUCUAAUCCUGGCCGACACAACCAAUCCAACCAUGUGCUUAGCCAGUGACGCCCACGGUAAUGUCUUUGCCUCACCCAUGGAGAAUAUUUUCGAAUCGCACGUUGAAACCGCUGAGCCACAUGAUGUGCGUCAGGUGUGGGUUGCGAGUGCAGUGGCGGGGACGGCAGAUGGCCAGAUUAGUUUGAAGGCUAGUCAUGGUGGGUAUUUGUCAUGUGAUGGAAUAGGCGUUCUGGGUGCGAGGAGAGAGGCAAGGGGUGUACAGGAGGGAUUUGUCUUGGAGAGGGUUCCGGUUGGUGAAGAUGGAGAUGGAGAUGGAGAUGGAGAUGGAAAGGCUGUAGUGGCACAGUCGUCGUCGCCAUCAUCAUCAUCAGCGACUCGAUAUCGAUUAAGAACAGCAGCGGGAACGAGCACAGGAAAGGGAAGGAGAUAUUUGGCUGCGACGGUCACGACGACAAUAACAACAACAAAAACAAAAACAAAAACAGAAGAUCAAACGACCGUGCCACAUGUUAAGAAAAGCGAAUUUGAUGAUGAUGAUGAAGAAGAAGACGAUAGUCACAAAUCGCGGCAAAGAAAAAUCAAUAUCUCACUCCGUGGUGACGGCGAGGCUGGCGACCCAGGCACAGAAUUAGUGGUCAAGAUGCAAGCUCGAUUCAAGCCACGACUACAAAUGAACAAGGCGACCAAGGAGCGUGAAAAGGUCAGUCGGCGUGAACUCGAGCAGGCAGCCGGGAGGAAAUUGACGGAUGAUGAGGUGAGGCGGCUCAAGCGGGCCAAGAGAGAUGGGUCGUAUUAUGAAAAUAUCCUCGACUUGCGUGCGAAGAGUAAACAUGAUAAGUUUGCUAGUUGAUUUGAGAAUGAAUUCAUCUCGGGAGAUUGGAAUGCCUCUACAGGGAACGCAAGAUUG